CCGCCGCACCCCCGAACCCACACCUUUCCGCCACCACCACAACCACCACACCCAAUCGCACUUCACCUUCGCGCCACAUCACCGCAACAAUGGGCUGGUUCUGGAACACCCCGUCGGACAGCGCCAAGGACACGACAUUCAGCCACCUUUCGCCGGAGGCGCGAGCGUUCCUCGAAAAGGAAGCGCCGAUUAAGCCGUCGACGUCUCAGGCUGGGUCCUCCAGCCCCACCUCCUCCCCCAGCGCCGCCAAAGAAGUGGAUCCGACCGCGUUCUCCGCCUACGGCCCCAAGUACUCCGACAUCUGGGCGCAGUACCGGCCGCUGGGAGUGGUCGAGGCGGAGGCGAAGACGCCGCAGAUGGCGGUCGAGGAUGUGUACACGUCCUACAAGGAGCGCCAGGCGGGCAUUGGGAGGGCUGCACUCGAGAAUUGUGUUUUCGAGCAGGCGGCCCUCCAUGAUUGCUAUGGCAACGGGCAGCUACGGAGUCUGGUCGGGUGCAGGGGCGAGAGCAGGACGCUCGAUAGUUGCUACAAGAGUCAGCAGGCGUUCCUGAAGCAGCUGGGUUACCUGAGUGAUGCGAAUAGAAGUCCGGAGGUCGACGAGAAGAUACAGAUGCACGCGGACAAGCUGUACCGGGAGCAGGUGAAGCGCGAGGCACAGAUUGAGGCGAAUGCGGCGGCUGGAAGGCCAUUGGAUUCCCCCUCACCUGACGGAGAGAAGCCGCUGUCGUAGACCUUAGCUCUGGCUGGAUGAAAGUUGGGUUUUGUAACAUAAUUCGGGCGUAAUAUUUUUUGAAAAGGAGUUGUCAACAGCCGGUGGGAACAAAGUGUAUUAUUA